AUCAAAACAUUUUCUAUGGAAAUCGGGGUCACGUUCAAUGACUCCGCGCAGUCACCGAAUAUUUUCGACUCUUACGACACUACCGCAGCGUCAGCGGAACGAUUACCUCAUACCAUCUACCUAUUAUUAGGUAGAUACGCAAGCUUCCAUUUACGCCCUAGUACUCACGGAACCGCGCCGCAAAACGAACGUACGUCGAAAAUGAAUAAAUACAUAUUCGUCGUUUUCUUCGUUGUUCAAAUAAUUGCGGCGCAAAGCUACAAGAUACUCGGUGUAUUCCCCUCUCUGGACCGCAACAAUUAUGUCACAUACCGAGGUUUGUUCCGAGAGCUAGCGAACCGAAACCACGAUGUGACUCUUAUUAGCCACUUUCAAUUGCCAGACGCGCCCGCUACUUAUCGAGAUAUAUUACUCAGUGACAAACAAGUGUACAAAGGACUGUCGUUCGAAUCAGUUAUAGUGAAUGAAGUUUCGCGAGUACCGUUUGAAACAUUAGUGUAUACUAAAGCCGGCAACGAUGACUGCAAGACUCUAAUGAAUAAUAAUCAGGUGCUACACAUGAUAAGAACUCGACCUCGAUUCGAUGUGAUAAUCGUGGAAUCUUAUAAUAGUGAUUGUGGACUCGCAUUGGCGGCAAAUUUGAGUGUUCCGUAUAUUGCUUUUAACCCUCAGCCGCUACAUCCGUGGCAUUACAAUAGAUUAGGAAUCAAUUUUAACUCGGCAUACGUUCAGCAAUCCUUGUUACCAUACGGAAGAAAGCCAUGGUUCUUUGAUCGUGUUAAGAGUUUUGUGUUGUAUCAUAUUACUAAUUGGGUAUAUUACAUAGGGUCGCAAGUGACGGAUCACGUGUACCUGUAUAAAUAUUUAGGAGAUAAUGUGCCCACGUUGGAAAACAUCGCAUCGAAUGCCAGUUUGGUGUUUGUAAACACACACAAAUCAGUUUUCGGAGGCGUUGUCCGGCCAGAUAAUGUUGUGGACAUUGGUGGAAUACAUAUUAGACCGCCGAAGAUUAUUCCGACGGAAAUCGAACGAUUUAUUAACGAAGCAGAACAUGGGGUUAUUUACGUAAACUUGGGCACGUCGGUCAAGGACUCGACGCUUCCAAUGGAAAAACUAAACGAACUAGUAUCAACGUUCAGAAAAUUGCCAUUUCGAGUCCUGUUCAAAUGGGACGGAGCAAACCUGGAAAACCUGCCAAGAAACGUUAUGAGCAUGAGAUGGUUCCCGCAAUACGAUAUCUUAAAGCACGAAAACGUAAAGGCAUUUAUAUCUCAUGCGGGAAUACUCAGCACUAUUGAAGCUUUGGAUGCCGGUGUACCAGUCAUAGCAAUUCCUUUAUUCGGCGACCAGUUCGGCAACGCUGCGACCCUGGUAGACGCUGGUGUUGCUACUACCGUGAAUUAUGAGAACUUGCGAAAAGAUUUGCUGUUAGACGCUAUUAAUGAUGUUUUAGAUCCAAGUUGGCAACAACGUGCUAAACUUGUUUCUCGGAUGUGGCAUGAUCGUCCCAUGACACCGUUAGAAAGCGCCAUCUACUGGAUAGAAUACGUAGCUCGAUACAAUGGAACGCCAAACUUAAUAGUGGCAUCUGCUGAUGUCCCGUGGUACCAACAAUUACAGCUAGAUGUUUUGGCUUUUGUAGGACUCAUAUUCUAUAUAUUAUUGUAUGUUGCUUAUAAAAUUAUAAGCGCGUGCUGCUGUUGCUGCUGUCCAAGCGAACCUUCAGUAGAAACAACGACAACUGGAGAGCGAAGGACAAAAAGAGUCAAGUUUGAAUAAAGUAAAACUUAAUAUUAAGUAAUAAUUUAAAAAAAAACACGCAUUUUUAUGAGAAGAAAAGUAUUCUAAUGACUUGUAUACUAUAUUCCAAUCACAGAAGAAGUAAAGAUAAAUGAAACUAAGAACAGCUACAUUAUGCACUACAAACAUAUAUUGAAUAAUAUAUCCUUAUAUUGUACACUAUUCCACAAUAUAUUUGUACACUUCCAUAUAACUUAGUUACAGCUUUAACGACUUAAAAAAGCAUUUUUACAAAACCAUAACUGCCAUAGACUACCUACCAUAGACGAUUUAAGAUCUCGACCAAUAAUGUAAUGUCAAUUCAAGGUCAAAUUUGUUUAUUUAUCUUUAUUCCUACAAUUGGAAUUGGUCAGUAUAAAUGACUGUGACACAAGUCAAUAGAAAACGAAAGAUAAGCAUAGAUACUUAAUGUUGCAUGAAAUUAUUUGACUGGUUAUGUUUUUAAUUAUAC